UAGGACAAGCCAAACGAGCCAUGGCGGGUGAAGGAGCAGAAGACUCUUCUAAGCUAACAACAGCGGCAGAGAAGCAACUUCUUCGCCGCAGACAAGAGUUAGAUUACUGGAAGAAACACGCAGGGCGGAUCCGCAGCAGGAAUCUCCUGACUGGUCUGUGUAUUAGUGCGUUUGUCGUGGGAAUGUUUAGCUACACCAUCUUGUCCGUCAAACAGGAGAGAAUCCUGGAUGAAAUAGAUGAAGAAGCCAGGAUCAACGUCAGAGGACCACGGACUGGCGCCAACUCUUAAAGACACGGAACAGCCUCGUGUGAAACAAGGAUAUUAUCUUUUUUUUAUCUU